AUGAAGCAUGCUAACAUUAACACUUCCUGUUGUUGUAGAUUAUCUCAGUGUUUGGUGACAGAGGAAGGUUGUGCUGCUCUGGCAUCAGCUCUGAAUUCAAACCCUUCACACCUGAGAGAGCUGGAUCUGAGCUACAAUCACCCAGGAGAAUCAGGAGUGAAGCUGCUCUCUGAUAUAAUGAAGCAUUCAGACUACACACUGGACAAACUCAAAGUGGACCAUGGAGGAGAGUUCAUGAUGACAUCAAGACUACACAGAUAUGCUGUUGAUCUCACACUGGAUCCAAACACAGCAAACAUUGAUCUCGUUCUGUCUGAGGAGAACAGAAAGGUGACGAGUGUGCCAGAGAGUCAGUCGUAUCCUGAUCAUCCAGACAGAUUUAAUCGUUUUUUUCAGGUUCUGUGUAGAGAGAGUCUGACUGGACGCUGUUACUGGGAGGCUGAAUGGAGUGAUUAUACUCAUAUAUCAGUGGUGUAUAAAGGAAUCCAGAGGAAAGGACUGAGUGCUGAUUGUAGGUUUGGACGUAAUGAGAAGUCCUGGAGUCUGACACGCUAUAAUAACACACUCUCUGUCUGUCACAAUAAUAUCUCCACUGAUGUUUCUGCUGGUUCAGGAUCCUGUUUGAGAGUAGGAGUGUUUGUGGACGAGUCGGCCGGCACUCUGUCCUUCUACAGCGUCUCUGACACACACACACUCAAACACUUACACACAUUCACACACACAUUCACUGAACCACUCUAUGCUGGAUUUAGACUUGAUAAUGUUGACUCUUCAGUGUCUCUGUGUCACGUUAAACGACAAACACACUCUGACUGACACACACACACUGUAAAAAAAAUUGCAAAGAAAAUGUGGUACCAUAUAACACAUUUUAAUUUUUAUCAGAAAUGUGAAAUUACAUAAUACACUCACAUUAAAUUUAAAUUUUUCCAGUUGUUUAACUGAAUAUUUGUGUGACUGCAUUAUCACCAUUAUUGAUAUUCAUACACUUUAAUUGUGCACGAUGUGUUAUUAAAAUCCUUCAGAUGAUCUGAUUAAAACUGCUGGAUCUCAGAGGAUUAUUAUAAUCAAUAAUGUGAAAUGAAUAACACAUCAUCUAUAUAAUCAUAGAGAUGACUGUAAAUGAAUAUGAAUCUUCUGUCAGCUCCAGUAUUUCUCUGUUAAUUCACGU